AAAAAAAAUUCCCCUUAAACCAAUUUAUUAACUAUUGAACUUUUCAAUGAAAAUGGAAACUUCAAAGCCAUUGACCAAAACGGCUGGUGUUUACAGAUCGAAACGCUACUUAGCCGAUCUGACGGAGUCUUGAAAGUAAAAACUGAUGAAGGCAGAUUUCAGUUUGAAAAAUUUGGGUAAAACCCCAACGCCUUUCUUCAAUGGGCGAUGGUUCACUGCUUUUGCUUCAAUCUUGAUCUUGUCUGUUUCUGGUGGCACUUACUUAUUUGGUCUUUACUCACAACAUGUCAAAUCUUCAUUGGGUUAUGAUCAAACAACCUUAAAUCUGUUAUCUUUCUUUAAGGAUGUGGGUGCCAAUGUAGGAAUCAUUGCUGGUUUAAUCAAUGAAGUUUGCCCACCAUGGGUUGUUCUUCUAAUUGGGUCAUUAAUGAAUUUUUCUGGGUACAUUUACUUAUGGUUAGCAGUCAACGGUGAUGAAUUAGUCAAACCCCAGGUUUGGCAAAUGUGUUUAUGUUUAAUGAUUGGUGCAAAUUCUCAAACUUUUACUAAUACUGGUGCUUUAGUAACUUGUGUUAAAAAUUUCCCAGAAAGUAGGGGAAUUGUGAUUGGAUUGUUAAAGGGUUUUGUUGGUUUAAGUGGUGCAAUUAUAACACAAUUGUUUCAUGCUAUUUAUGGGAAUAAUGGGAAAUCUUUAGUGUUGUUAAUUGCUUGGCUUCCACCAUUUGUUUGUUGUACUUUGCUUAGGUAUGUUAGGGUUUUGAAAGGCGUUAAUCGUCAAGAAAAUGAGGUGAAGAUUUUUUAUCAGCUUCUUUAUAUAUCACUUGGUCUUGCUGGAUUUCUGUUAAUGGUCACCAUUUUGCAAAAUAGGGUAGCUUUCACUUUAGUUGAAUAUAGAUUGAGUUCUUGUGUCAUGUUGCUUUUGUUGUUUGCACCUAUUGUUGUUGUAAUCAGAGAAGAAUUGAGAAUUGGGAAGAAUAGGAAACAAGUUUUAGAUGAUUUUACGCCGUUGAAAGGACUUGAGCAAGGGAAGUUACCUUCAAGAAGUCAGGGGAAAGAAGUUUUAUGGUUCAAGAAUGUGUUUAAGCCACCGGAGAGAGGUGAAGAUUAUACGAUUUUGCAAGCACUUUUGAGCAUUGACAUGUUGAUUUUGUUUAUUACUACUAUCUUUGGAGCGGGUGGUACGUUGACUGCUAUUGAUAACAUAGGUCAAAUUGGUAAGGCGUUAGGAUAUCCUAAUACGAGUAUUGCAACAUUUACUUCACUAGUGAGUAUAUGGGGUUAUCUUGGAAGAGUAGUCUCUGGCUUUGUCUCUGAGAUUUUCUUGACAAAGUAUAAAGUACCUCGUCCGUUGAUGCUUACCUUUGUGCUCCUUUUAUCUUGCUUUGGCCAUAUUCUUAUUGCAAUGGGUGUUCCAAGUCUUCUUGAUGUUGCAUUGGCUAUUCUUGGGUUUUGCUUUGGAGCUAUGGCACCUUUGAUAUUUUCCAUCAUAUCAGAACUUUUUGGCCUAAAACACUAUGCUACACUGCUCAACUUUGGCGGAGCAGCCAGUCCAAUUGGAGCUUAUGUAUUCAAUGUUAGAUUGGUUGGUCAUUUUUAUGACAAGGAAGCUUUGAGGCAAAUGGCAGCUUUGGGACUUUAUAGGAAGCCAGGGGAUCAUUUAACAUGCAUCGGUAUCGAGUGUUACAGGUCUUCUUUUCUGAUAAUUGCUGCAGCAAGUUUUGUAGGGUGCAUUAUAUCAUACAUUUUGGUACUUAGAACAAGAAAGUUCUAUAAAGGCGAUAUUUACAAGAAGUUCAGAGAGCAAGAGUAAGCUGUGCGAUAGUUCAGUCUGCCACACAUUUUGUAACAUGCUAUGGUUUAUAUCUAAUAGUUCGAGUCCUAAUGAUCGAUUAUAGGAGAUACUCGUAUUAUAUAUGAACCCAUGUUAUACGGUAACACAUUAUACGUAUAUCAGAAAAAAAUAGAAUGGUAUGUUGACAAAUACAUAGGAUUCUUGGCUCAUGAUAUUCUCUGUUGGAGUUUGGCGGGUAUAAGGUUCUUGUAUUGGAUUACUUCUGGGUGGAUUUUUGAAAAGAAACCUUUUGCUUAACCACAUUUUAACUUCUUUA